AUGGCUGCGGCCGCGGUUUCCACGUUCUCGCCAUUACGGUGGCCAGAAGGCGCAUACCGAUGGACGUCAACCCAACAAUCGACGACUGGCUGGGCUGAGGAAGAUGUGCGCAUCCGCUUGCGCAUGAUCGCCCGCGCCUGGGAUUCCGCUUCGCACAAUGCUCAGAUUUCAUCCCAUCGUCGACAACCCCUCAAAACCACAUGCAACAUCUCAACUCCGUUGAAAGCACCAGAAUGCGGCCCGCGAUGGUUGCGACGAUUUGACUCGCCCUCUGAACCGUCUGAGUCGUUCGAGCAAGUCAUGGACCCGACGAACACCGGCGGUUUUGCAAGUCGACGACCAUCGGACUUUUCCUUCUUCACCCAACCGCAAACAUCAAACACAGAACAGCGACAACGACGUAACGGCGACGCCAUAUUCAGCGACCCCACACGCGACUUUCUCAUCGACUUCGGUUCCGAGGAAGGAUUCAUGCAAGCAGCAAAGAAGAAGAAGAAGGCGGCGCCAGCCAAGGCGCCAGCUGCCAACAACAAUAACGACGACGACGGCUCGAAGAAAGAGGACGAAGGUGCUGGCGAUGGAGGCGACCAGGGCGGUGACGCAGGCAACGACGGCGGAGCUGCGGGCGACGGCGACGGGGGCGACAAAGAGACGCCACCUCCGGCAGACGAUCCGCCCCCGGAAGAUGACUGGGGCUUCUCAACCACGAAAUCCAAGAAGAAGGGCAAAAAGGCCGAUGAACCGGCACCUGAUUCCUUUGAUGAAAUCAAAUUGGACGACAUAGGCACCGGCAACGGAUCGCUAGACAUCAAUUUCGCCACAACGGAACCCAAAAAGUCAGGGGGGUUUGGUUGGGGAUUGGGGGCAUCAAAUUGGACAACAUCAGGCACGGGACUAGGGAACACGUGGGAUUGUUCUGGCGCUAACAAAAAUGCAGCCACGAGUACGCCAGCAGAGGCAAAGGAAGACGUCGAUUCGAAUCCAUGGGGCGCCAAAAGCGGGAAGGCCAAGAAGAAAAGCACGACGCUCGGGUUUUCCUUUGGGGACGAUACAUCAGCUGACCCGGAACCGGCACCCGACCCGCCGCAGGAAGAAGAGAAGAAAGAUGACCCGUGGGGCUUCGGUACUACGACUUCCAAGAAAGACAAGAAGAAGAAGAAGGCCAACAUCUGGGAUGCGGUCGAAGAGGAGAAGGCUCCUGAACCAGUCAAGGAGGAGACACCUGCAGACGACGGAUGGGGUGGGUGGGGCGGUACCACCAAGAAGGGGAAGAAGGAACCAGAUCCGCCUAAAGAAGAGGCAAAAGAUGACAUCUGGGAUACCUGGGGACUUGGUAAGAAGAAGGGGAAGAAGGAGGAGCCGGCGCCUGAACCAGUCCUUGAGCCAGCGCCCGAUCCGCCAGCUGCCCAAGAGGAUCCUUGGAGUUGGGGAACAUCAUCGGGAAAGAAGAAGAAGAACGGCAUCGUCGACCUUGAACCCGAGCCUCCCCCGGUGGUGGAACCAGAGCCGGAACCCGCACCAGCGCCAGAGCCGGAACCGGAGCCCGUUGACCCUUUCGCAGGCAUGACCAAUUCACAGAAGAAGAAAAAGAAGAAGGAGAUGGCUGCCGCCGCUCUGGCCGCUGAGGCUGAAGCUGCUAAAGCCGCCGAAGCUGCUGCUGCUGCUGCUGCUGCUGCCGAAGCAGAGGCCGCUGCCGCCGCCGAAGCGGAAGAGGCAGCUCGCAAGGAAGAGGAGGAACGAUUGGCAAAAGAGGCUGAAGAGAAAGCAGCUAAAGAAGCAGCAGAAGCCGAAGAGGCGGCGAAAGCAGCGGAAGCCGCCAAAGCGGCAGCAGCUACGGACGACUUUGGUGGAUGGGGUCUCUCAACUAAAACCAGCAAGAAGAAGAAGAAGGGCAAAGCUGAACCUGAGCCCGAGCCGCUUCCUCCUCCGCCACCUCCAGUCCCUGAACCAGAACCAGAGCCAGAGAAGAAGGACGACCCAUGGGGCUUCGGUACCAUGACGUCCAAAAAGGACAAGAAAAAGAAGAAGGGCCUUCUUGCCGAACCUGAACCUCCCAAGGAACCGGAACCGGAACCGGAGCCAGUACCGGAGCCAGAGCCUGAACCGGAGAAGCCAGCAGAAGAUGACCUUUGGGCCAGUAUAAUGGGAACCUCCAAAAAGGACAAGAAGAAGAAGAAGGGCAAGACUGCCGAUCCCGAGCCGGAACCCAUUCCUGAACCUGCGCCCGAACCUCCCGCUGCUGAUCCAGAGCCAGAACCACCGGUGGAAGACGACUGGGCAAGCUUCGGCCUUUCCAAGAAGGAUAAAAAGAAGAAGAAGGGCAAAUUGGCGGAUCCCGAACCCGAACCCGAAAUUGUACCAGAACCUGUGCCUGAUCCCCCAGCCGAGGAAGCGGAGCCGGAACCUGAAAAGAAGGAUGACGACGACUUCUGGGCCGCUGCUACUUCGAAGAAGGACAAAAAGAAGAAGAAGGAGGCCGAAGCUGAGAAGUCCAAAGACGACUCUUGGGGCAUCUGGGGUCUUUCUUCCAAGAAGGACAAGGACAAGGACAAGGACAAGGACAAGGACAAAGACAAGGAGAAGGAAAAGAAGAAGAAGAGCAAGGAGGCCGACAAGGAAGCCGACGAACCGAAGGCUGAAGUGGUCGAAGAAGAUGACUGGGCUGGUUUGAGCAAGUCGGACAAGAAGAAGAAAAAGAAGGACGCCAUGGCCUUGGCUGAGUUUGGCGGGGAGGACGAGCCUACCCCUGCCGAGGAAGCCCAUCCGGCCGCGCCAGACAUUGCCGACCCCCUGGAUGGCGGCGGCUUCUUCAGCUCAUGGAACAUCGGCGGUAAGAAAGACAAGAAGAAGAAGGGAGCCGACGCCGACGAAGGCGCUUCUAUGAAGCCCGAUGCGAUCGAGGAGCCCACAGAUGACUUCUGGGGAACCUCUUCGUCCAAGAAGAAAAAGGACAAAUCCAAGAACGAGCCCAUUGAAAUCAUGGACGAGGAGCCCAACGUGGAUUCCGUACAACCGGAUUCCGUCGAGGAGACCAAAGACCAAGCUGACGACGAUGACUGGGCCGGCUGGGGAUCCUCCAAGAAGAAGUCUAAGAACCGUAAGGACAUACUCGCCGACCCUCCACCGGAAGCUCCCACCCCUCCCUCAUUGGACAUGGCUGAGCCUGUAGCAGAAGCAGAACCUGAGAAAGAGAAAACCAGCUUUUGGGGAGACAUGACCUCUUCCAAGUCCAAAUCCAAGGACAAGGAUAAAGACAAGGAAAAGGAGAAGUCCAAGAAAGAGCCCAAGCUGAGCGAGAAAGAGCUCAAGAAGCUCGAGAAAGAAAAGAAGAAGGCUGAGAAGGAAGAAGCAGCGCGGAUAGCCCAGGAAGAAGAGGAGGCAGCUGCCGCCGCCGCAGAGGCUGCAGCCAAGGAAGAAGAAGAACGCCUUGCUCUAGAAGCAGAGGAGGCGGCGGCAGCGGAGGCAGCUGAGGCGGCCGAGAAGGCACGAAUCGAGGAGGAGGAGGCUGCAAAGAUUGCGGAUGAGGAGGAGCAGUUCGCUGCCUUGGAGGCCAAGAAGCUCAAGAAGGGCAAGUUGACCAAGAAGGACCAGGACGUUUACGACACUCUCAAGGCAUCGAUUGACGAGCGCGCUGCUGCAUCCCAAGCUGCUGCGGAAGCCGAAGCUGAGGAAGCCGCUCGCAUUGAGGAGGAAGAGCGACUCGCUAAGGAAGCCGAAGAAGCUGCUGCCUUGGAAGCCGAGGAGCAGGCGGCACGUGAGCGAGAGGAAGCAGAAGCAGCGGAGAAGAAGGCGAAGAAAAGCUCCAAGUCGGAGAAAGAGUCCAAGUCCAAGUCCAAAGAAGAAAAGAAGAAAGAAAAAGAGAAGGAAAAGAAGGAGAAGAAGGAUAAGAAGGACAAGAAAAGCAAGGACAAGGAAAAGGAGAAGGAAGAGGAACCGGAGCCGGAGCCAGUUGAGGACAUCGACAAGGAGGAUGAGCUGGCCGAUAUCGAGUUGACCGAGGACCAAAUUGAGGAGCUCCUGGCCGAUCCCGAGCCUGCGGAGCCUGCUCCUUCUCCGCCACCCCCGGCGCCGGAACCGAAGCCAUCCAACGAUGCCUUUAGUUUCUGGGGAAUUGGCACUAAGAAGUCUACGAAAGCAGAAGGUGCGAAUCUCGGCUGGAAUGACACGACUACCUCAUCCGCCACAAACAACGAUGCCCUGUCCUGGAUGCAACCGUCUACGGCUCGUAAGGGCAAAGGAAGCAAGAUUACUGACAGAUUAAAAGCGUUCGAACCGAUCCCGCCGCCAGAAGACGAACCUGAGCCCGUUGAAGAGGAACCUGCCCCUGAGGAGCCAGCACCAGAAGAACCGGCCCCGGAGGACCCUCCACCCGAGGACCCGGAACCCGCACCACCACCACCUCCCCCAGUCGUCUUGUCGAAGGAAGAGAGAAAGCGACUGAAGAAGGAGAAGAAGCGUGCUGCCGAAGCUGCACCCGCGCCGCCGCCUCCACCGCCUCCUCCUGUUGUCGAGGAGCCACCGUUAGUCGACGUUGAGGAACCAGCUGACGAGAACAAGUCUUCGGAGCCGCCUGGAGCUUUCCCUGUCGAGGAGGAUGAGAACGAGAUCAUCGAAGUGAUUGAAAUGCCAGUGGAGAAGAAGAAAAAGAAGAGUAAGAAGAACAGAGAUAGGGACAUACUCGCUGAAGACGUCCCUCCUCCACCAGCUCCACCACCUCCUCCGGCUGUCCCUGAAGCUCCUGAAGGCCCCGUGCCUGAGGAGGAAGCCAUCGCCGAAGAAGAGCCCAUCUCACCUCCACCUGAGCCGAAGUCAAGCAAGAGAGACCGGGCCAAGAUCAACCGAGAAGGUUCCUCGUGGGGUAUGUGGUCGGCUUCACCUCGCGAGAAGGAGAGAGACCGCGACCGGGACCGCGACCGUGACCGCGAUAGAGAGCGGAAAUCCAAGUCAAAAUCCGAAAGACGGGACAAGAAACACGCUUACGGCGACGAGGAAAAAGUCAAGACUUCCUCCAAGGGCUCAAGUUCCGGCAAGGGCGACCGUGCCGCGCAAGACGUUGAGACACCGGCACGGCCCAAACUUAUGUCAAUGUUCAGCACCCCGCCCAUUUCCCGGACGACCUCCACCCGGGACCGGCGACACAGGCCGUCCCGUCGUCAUUCGGUCGACGCGAGUGGCUUGGUAUCCCCACCUCCCGAGGAAGCUCCUCCACCUCCAAUGUCCUCCAAAGCCGCCAAGGUCCUCGGCGUCGACAAGUCAAGCAGCAGACGCCGUAAGCGCGACCAUAUUGUUGAUGAAGACAUUGUCAUGGUCGGUGCCAAUGGGGAUGGUGAGGACAUCAGCCCUCCCAAGUCGUCACGUCGACGAUCCAGAUACGGCAAAGACGACGACCUUGUCAUGGUCGACCCCGACGGCCCUUCCGAGCCACCACCAAUGAAACGAUCCAGCUCGAGUGCCAAGAAGGGCCUGGGAGGCUUAUUCAGUGGCCUUAGGACGCCCAAGACAGAGCGUCCGGACCCAUUGCGAAGACGACACACCUAUGCGACCGAUGAUGAGACCAGGCGCGAACGCCGUCAACGAUCUCACGCCGAUGCAGACGAAGUUGACCCCGCAGCGAUGACCGACAUGGACCAAGAGGCUCGCCGCGCUGCUCGCCGUGCUCGUCGCGCAGCCAGGGAUGCCGAGGCGGCUGAGGCCGAGGUUGCUGAGCCGGACCCCGAAGAGGCACGACGUGCCGCCAAGGAAGAAGCCCGGCGGGAGCGCCGCCGCAGGAGAGACGAAGAAGAUGCCGAAGCACGGAAGCAACAGGAUAAGGAGCUGAGACGUGCAGAACGGCGCGCGGCUCGCUCUCGCGGACACCGUGACCAACGUGAGGAAGAGGAACGGAGAAUGGCCGAAGACAGAGAGGCUGAGCGUUCCGAAAGGCGAAGAGCUAGGAAGGAGCGUGAAGCCGCCGCGGCAGCGGAGGCUGAUGCGGAUGCUAGACGCACAGCGCGGGAAGAACGCAGACGAGCCCGCGAGGCCCGCGAUCGCGAAGCGGCGCCGCCGCCGCCAAUGGACGAAGAAGAAGCUCGCAGAGCCAGGAAGGAAGCUAGACGUGCUGCGCGUGCUGCUGCCGAAGGGACCGACGCGGAAGAAAUGUAUCACCACCGCUCCAGCCGCAGGACCCGGGAGUCCGGGGACGAAGGCAUGCAUUCCUCGCAUCACCGCUACAGACGCAAUGAGGAAGCCAAGCCGGCGUGGCCCCACUCGGGAACUUCAUCCUGGGUCAAGGAACACACCGACGCCGGCCCGCCUCCGGAUGACGGUGGACAACAGACGGACGCCGUCCCGCAAACCGAAGACGAGGCUCGUCGCGAACGGCGGGACCGCCGUCGCAGAGCCAGAUACGAGGACGGCGCUACUGCCGACGAGGCGGACGAUCGCCGCCGCAGAGCCCGUCGCGAAGAGCGCGAGCGUCGGUACGGCGGUAGUGGAGGUGCCGGAGGCGGCGGUGGCGGCUCCGAGGGGAGCGACGAGCGGCGUCGGCAGGCCAUGUUCUCUGACGCGACGGCUACGCCGCGGAGUAGUUGGUGGAGAAAGCUGACCGGUUGA